AUGUCCUAUCCAACAACAUUGCAGGCUGGCACGGGGCAGAGAGAAGAUGAUGUCAUCGCCAGGUCGAACUACAUCAUCGUGAAGGUUUCGCGGACGACAAAUGCGCGCACCCCGCCGGUCCCGGUCCGGGUGGGCAGAGAGACAGCCGUGAUGGGACGCCGGACGCGCGGCGGCUGCCUGACUCCUGCCGCCCUGCUCCUGCUGCUCCUCCUCGGCGCCUCGACCCCCGCCGCGGCCGCGCACGCCAGAGGUGCCCGGGGUGACGGCCAGCAGCAUGGCCAGUCGGGGACCCUGCCGCACUUUGUGGAGGAGCCCGUGGACGCUUACAUCAUCAAGAGCAACCCCAUCAAGCUGCGCUGUCAGGCCCGGCCCGCUCUGCAGAUAUUCUUCAAGUGCAACGGCGAGUGGGUCCAUCAGAGCCAGCACACGUCCAGGGAGCACACCGACUUGGGAACAGGUACCACCUAA